ACGGCUCAUGAUACUUGAAUACCGAAGACGGAAGACAGACGGCGAAGGAGGUAUUACACCUUGGAACGGACGUUCCAUCGCCGCUGUUACGAGACGACCUACCAGCUCGAAACUGAGGGCGUCAACUUCUGUGUAUCUGCCAUGAGAACCAACAAGACGAUAUACGAAGAAACGUCAUACUUAGUCUACGGUAGACAUACAUUCGACUUCGGGGAUGCAAUCGAAGCGGUCGAGCCCUUCCUCUCGGAUCUGACACCCCAGAGCCGCGGGCUUAUCCGAGAGAUAUCCUUGUAUAAGCGGGGGCCCGUGCCACCUUACGACAACGACAGGGGCGAAUGGCAAAGCGUGUGCCGGUUCCUAGAAAAUAACGGGUCCGUUAGAAAGCUGCGGUUGGUGGUGCAGAGUGGCCGUCCCAAUGCGACGUGGGAAGGGCCGAAAGAAUUCACCGCGGCAGACUUAAAGCUUCUUUUCGACCUCAAGCACGAGAGCUUAGACUGGGUCGGGGACCUCGCCCGCAUCAAGGGCAUCGAAGAGUUAGAGAUCCUACCAGACGUCCAGUACUGCCCUCCACCAUUGUCUACCAAUAUGAUCAUUUUCGCAGCCCUCUCUGCUUCUAUUGAGAGGGGUCUAACGGAGUUCCUCAGAACACAGCUAUGCUUACCUCUGUGAUGUAUAAUGUUCAUGUAAGAGUUCACGUUAUUGAUAGUUAUAUGGGAUAGAAAGAUUUAGUUGUUGGACAUGGGCUAUAUGGAUUAGUUGGAUAGAAAAUAACUCUGGUCUACAUAUGUAACGAUAACUACCUCUUAAUACAAGACAAUAGCUACAUAGAUUAGACUCUAGGCCUAUCGCCUUAUUCAAGUAACUCGAUAUCAACAUUCGGCCC